GGUUUAAAACAUUUUUUUUUUUCUCUCUCUCUCUCCUCUCACUAACUUCCUUCCUGUUCUAACUGCCAGUACUCCGAAGUCAGAGUUGAGAGGCAGAGGUACCCGGACAGAGAAGCCCUGACUGCAGUCUGUCCUGAAGUUCCCAUCUGGGUAAAGAGAAGUCAAGAUGACUGAGAAGGACGAGCAGCCACAGCUGGAGGAGGGAGAGGACGACCUGGACAGCAAGCUCAAUUACAAGCCACCCCCCCAGAAGUCCCUUAAGGAGCUCCAGGAGAUGGAUAAAGAUGACGAGAGUCUAACCAAGUACAAGAAAACACUUCUGGGAGAUGCUCCGGUGAUAGCAGACCCAACAGUCCCCAAUGUAACUGUUACCAGGCUUAGCCUUGUAUGUGACAGCGCACCAGGACCAAUCACCAUGGACCUUACUGGUGACCUUGAAGCCCUCAAAAAGGAAACAUUUGUGCUAAAGGAAGGUAUUGAAUAUAGGGUCAAAAUUAACUUCAAAGUGAACAGAGAUAUUGUGUCGGGCCUGAAGUAUGUUCAGCAUACGUAUCGGACUGGAAUGAAAGUGGAUAAAGCUACAUUCAUGGUUGGCAGCUAUGGGCCCCGACCAGAGGAGUAUGAGUUCCUCACUCCAGUGGAGGAGGCUCCCAAGGGCAUGUUGGCCCGAGGCACUUACCACAACAAGUCCUUCUUCACGGAUGACGACAAGCAGGAUCACCUCACCUGGGAAUGGAACCUGGCCAUUAAGAAGGAUUGGACAGAAUGAGUGCAUCUGUCCAUCCCUGCCCUACCUUCCCCACCAGAAGAACCCCCCCAGCCAUGUGGAUCAUGUUCACCCUCCUCCCUCCCUGUUCACAGCUGGAUCCGCUCGAUCUCACACACACACACACACACACACACACACACUCACACACACACACAUUCUCUCUCUCUCUCUCUCUCUCUCUCUAACACACACACACACACACACACACACAUACACAGAGUCUCCUCGUUGAUAUGUUUUAUCUUACCCCAUCUCUUAAACCCUAGGUUUAACCUCACAUGUUUCCUCAAACUUUCUCCCCUCAGCAGGGCCAGAGUUCCAAAGUUCUCCAUCUCUUUUCUUCCGAUCUGAGUACUGAAGGCCAGGAAAUGGGCAAGCCGUCUCUAAUGGCGCGUUUGCCUUGUGUGCAGAAACUCAUUUUUGCCACUGGGUUCUUCUGGUUCAGUGAACCCCCCCCCCAUCACCUUCCCUGCUUUCCUGCCUGUGAGGCCUCUUCUCUGUGGGAGACACUGUAAACAACACAAAAGGAAAAGAAUAAAACACUGUAUGUGUGA